GAUGAGGAGGAAACCAAAAUAUUGCAGUUCUAUGGAGUAGCUUGACGUGUGUGUCUGUAUCUCCGUCUCUGAGCCCAAACCGACCUGUUUUCUGGGUUACGUUGUGCUAACCCGUAAGUGCCAGCUGCCUCGGUAAAGUAUCUGACAGUAAGAGAUGUGUGAUGAAACCUGCUCAUAAAUCCGGGGAAACCCAGUCAUUCGCAAUGAGCAGUGACCUGAACGUGCCAAUGGGAUCCUCGGCUGCCGGGAUGUCCGACAGGCUCCAGGACGGAGGCGGGAUGGACUACAGGGACUGGGUCCGCCGCAGCUACCUGGAGCUGGUCACCUCCAACCACCACUCUGUCCAGGCUCUCUCCUGGAGAAAACUCUACCUGAGCAGGGCCAAGCUUAAAGCCUCCAGUCGUACUUCAGCCUUGCUCUCUGGCUUUGCCAUGGUGGCCAUGGUGGAGGUGCAGCUGGAGAUGCAGUAUAGCUACCCACGUGUCCUCCUCAUUGCCUUCAGUGUGUGCACAACAGUGCUUGUGGCCGUGCACCUCUUCGCGCUGCUCAUCAGCACCUGCAUCCUGCCCAAUGUGGAGGCGGUCAGCAACAUCCACAACCUCAACUCGGUUUCAGAGUCGCCCCACGAACGCAUGCACCAGUACAUCGAGCUGGCCUGGGGCUUCUCCACAGCCCUGGGCAUACUGCUCUUCCUGGCUGAGGUGGUGCUCCUCUGCUGGAUCAAGUUCCUGCCUGUGGACUCGGGGACUUCCCCGAAGCUGAACUCUACCAGCCAGGCAGCCCCACAGCCAGGCCAUAGCGGCUGGCAAGCGGCAUUGGCCUCCACCAUCAUCAUGGUGCCUGUGGGCCUCAUCUUUGUGAUCUUCACCAUCCACUUUUACCGCUCGCUGGUGCGCCACAAGACGGAGCGCCACCACCAGGAGAUCGAGGAACUGCACAAGAUCAAGGUGCAGCUGGACGGCCAUGAGAGGGGGCUACAAGCAGUGUGAGCUUUUGAUCUUCAGGGUUGGUUGGUUUUUUUUUUUGUUUUUUCCCUCUUUCAUUGUUGUGGCACCAUUCGUCACGCCUUCAAGCGCCUAGGUUCACAGCCUUUUAGCUCAUGGAAGCCAGUUCCCCUUGUGAGUGCUUUUAAAUGCAGAAUAUGCGUUAUGUUUUGCCAUAAUUUAUCACAUGCAACAGUCUGGACAGUGUCUUAUUCUGCCUUGUGUAAAGAAACGUCCGUGGAGAGAUAGGAGGCACUUUAUAGGAGGAAAAAAAAACAGGCAUGUUUACAGAAUUUUACAUCAAGGGCUAUUUUGUUUUCCUUUUAUUUAGUUAGUCUUCUUCGUUUUUCUAAUGCUUUUUCAAGUGUAUGCUGCGUUCUAUUGCUAUGCCUCAAGACCCAGAGAAUGUUACACUAUGUUUUAAGCUUUUUUUCCCUUUGGAGUUGGCUGGUAUUUGGGUGGUGUGUAAUGGUGUGCAAAAAUUUGGUCAGAGAAUUGACAGAAACAAUGGCAAGAACGCAGGAGACCUGGUUACACUAAUAAUUAAAACUUUUAGGCUCACUGCCAGGGUAACUGAGUCAGAUAUGCAAUGAUUAAUAAUCGCAGGGCUAUACCAGCUGAGCUUCCAUUUGGUGGUGAAAUAUGUUGUUUAUUACUUACCAGGCGUUUUGACCUUUUUUAUACUGAGGAGUCAAGAUUCAUGUUCCGUAUUCAUUCUUUGUAAAAUUGCAGAGGACCAUUUAACAGCAAGAAAUGUCUUAAGUUUUAAAUGAAGCAGCUCUAGCUAGUAUUGUGCACUUCUGUAUUUGUAGACCAUGUCAAUCUUUAUGCAGUCAGUUUUACAUUGUCAUACUAUUUACAUUUUUAAGCACAAAACAGAAGCAUAGUCCAGUAGAGUUUGUGUCCAUUUGCAUACCCUGCUUAGUGCUAUCUCAUUUCAUUGCAAGAGGUUUACAUUAGGCUUGCUGUGGCAGAACAUACGUGCUCAAAAUAACCUAGGGUUAAACUCAUUGUACAGAGAGCAUGCACUUUAAAUGGGCCCGAUUACGAAACUGCCUACUUCAGAUAUGAAAGUGAAAUUGCAUUUUGAUUUUUGAGGUUAGACCUAAUGGAUCUGCUUCGUGAACUGUAUAAUGCAGUUAUUCAAGUGGGUAGAGUUUGCCAAGCUCUAGAUGCUUCCUCCAAAAAACCUUUAAAUAAACCAUCAUGCAGUUUAUGUAACAGGAAAAUGUGAGGAUGACAUUCCAAAAAAAUAAGAGUUUGACCAAGAACUGACUGCCUUACUGCAAAGACAUGAAAGUGCACUUGUGGUGUCGUUCAUCGCGUAAGACUUGUUUCUUUAUGAAGUAUAAAUAAUGGUUUGGCGAUUUACAGUAGUAUUUUGUGAAGUAUAAUUGCAGUCACAUCAGAUGUCUUGUGUUACAUUAUUACUGUUGUUACAAAACCUCAAAUCUCCAAAAUGGUAACCACAUGAACAUUCUUAACUUGAAUGGAUGAUAAUAUAAAAAGAUUUUAUUGGAAGUAAUUUUGAACCAUUUCUAUUGGUCCACUCAUCAAAAAAUGUUAACACAUUUUGUAAAUUGCUUUUGGUGUUUUCUAAUGACGGAAUGAAUUGAAAACAGAGAAAAUACAUUAGAAGGUUUUCAAUUGACAGCAACUAUGGAAAUACCUGCUUCAUUGAUGCAUCAUGUCAACCUUAUCAUGCUUUGUGAAAUAUUGCUUUGCUAUUGUAUUUAUUGAGCUCAUGUGAUGAGCAGGGAUCACUUUUAGCCUUUCACAUCCCAGCUGGUAUGAACAUUUGAAAGAUCAUCUGAGAUCACCACUCUGAGGCAGUUUAAACAUGUGGGCCUAGUAUACACUACACCACCUUGUGCAUUUGCGUCCUCUUAGUACGAACGGCCAAAAAGAGGAAAACUUUGACCAAAAUUAAGUACUUGCAUAGCGAAGGCUUGUGGACUUUACAAAAGCACCAAUGCCUUUGAGCAGUUUGCUUUUGAAUAUUACUUCACUUAAGUGUGCCACAUACCAUAGUGACCACACAAAACAAGCAAUGGACAUCCUGUGAAAGCUGACAUAAUGUAUUCUCAUGCACAAUAUGUAACCAGUCUUUUUGUGUUUGGUGGCAUGUCUUUUUCACAUCCCGUCCGUGUACUUGUAUGUUAAUUUAUGUCAAAUAAACACCUUAUUUUGUUUACUUUCAA